ACUACACCUCCAGACAUGGCUUGCUCUCUUCUUGGGACGGACGUCAACUUCUAUAUCAGACUGGUGACUUGUUUGUUGACACAUUCUCUCCCUACCAUGGCGUCGUAUACACCGCUUGAUACAUCAAAAAAUGAAGUGCGGAUGUUGACAAUCGCUGGGGUUUCAGGCGCACCCGAAGCUAGCCUUGUUCAUUGCAGAUUAGAGACUGUAUCUCUCGACGACUUCACAACUGAGUUCAACGAGUUUCUAGACACUACAGAGCAUAGAAAUUGCACUCCAGACAUCUUGAAGUCUUGGAUGGAGCAUGCACGCACAACCAAGCUAGACGAGUACCCCACGGCUGCCCCACUCGAGCUCCCAUACUGGAGGUACACCCUUCACUACAGCAUGGAUGGAAGUGCACUGAGCAAAUGGAAUCAACUGAUGAAAGGAAUUGAUAUCGACUUCGAACAAUGUCUCGAGAUUCCGGAAGCCUUCUACAGUUCAGCACCAAGCAAUUACCCCACACCACAACCUCUCCCAAGCCAAAAUGAUACGAAGUUCUCAUUCCUUCCCCGUUUUAAUUGGGGAGACUAUCAAGCAAUAUCCUACUGCUGGGAGUCCGAGACCAAAGAUCGACAGAUUGUGCUGAACGGAUCAGUAAUUGAAGUUCCCAGGAAUCUUGAAGCAAUGCUGCAGAGGUUAAGGACCCUCCCAGAUGCACAUUCUGGCAUCAAAUUCUGGAUCGACGCCCUAUGUAUUGAUCAAACAAAUAUCCCAGAGAAAGGCUACCAAGUGAGACUUAUGCAAACUAUCUACACUCGUGCCUUCUCCCUUGUGGUCUGGCUCGGCAGUGGUUCCAGGGAAAGUGACCGCGCGAUCGAGUUCAUUGCAAGCAUUGCGCACCACACACUUCUGGAAGAUCAGUAUGGCCAAGAAAAGUAUGGCUGUCAUUUCGCGAAAUGGGCAAGGAAACAUAAGAUGGGAAUGCCAAUGCAAUUGCCCUAUAUGCCGUGGCGAGAGCUCCUUGCGUUUCUUUCUCGCAACUACUGGCACCGGCUGUGGAUCAUCCAGGAGCUGGCACUGAACCACAACAUGACACUCUUCCUUUGUGGAGAAAAGAGUCUUUCAAGAAGUAUGGUUCUGCGAGCAUCUCAAUUUUGUAUGCGCCACGCAGAGACGAUCGAUCAAAUCACGCCUUCAUCAGUUAAGACCGUCCCUGACUCCUCCAGCUAUACAUAUGGCAGCAUCUGGUCAACAAUAUAUCGAGUAUAUUGUCUUGUAACCCUUCCAGAUGGAGAAACAGACGAGAUUCAGAUGGAUGAUGUCCUAGAUCUUGGACGCAAGGCGAAUGUAAAGGAAGCUGUCGAUAAGGUCUAUGGCAUUCUCGGGCUGCUACCAUCAAAGCUAUCGAUACCUAUAUCACCUGAUUACACCCUCGCGCCCCAGCAAGUGUAUCUGAAUUUCGCAAAGGCCAUCCUGGGCGCAUUUCCAAACCUUGAUGCAUUAUUUUCAUGGUGCUCAUACAGCUCUGAUAGUGGAUUGCCUUCCUGGGUUCCAGACUGGUCGACACAGUACAGCCGGAAUCAUCUAUACUGGCUGAAGAUAUGUAAUGCUAGCGGAUCAAAGCCUGCACAAUGGUGCGUAUCAGAACACACUCGAAGUCUCCAUUGUACAGGCUUUGUUUUCGAUACUGUCGAGUGCAUGAGUGGUUCACUAUCGGAGUCGAGUUCUACGACCUGGAAUGGGCACCCAACCAGCUUCGGACCAUUGCCUGAAUCGGUGGUCUGUCAGUACCACACCAAAGGCGAUUUGACUGCAGCACUACGCAAAACAUUAGUGCAGAAUUUGACAUAUUCGGAGGACGAGCUCUACACUAGGACGACACUCGAUAUUUGCUGGGUCCCAGCAGAUCUUGCGGGAGGUCAGGCCGGCGAUAUAGAGAUGAUCGCAGACAAACUUCGGAGUGUAAUUUCGAGCCCCUGUUGGCUCCCAUUCCGGCGCUUCCGUGAAGUGAAUGCAAACUUCCCCAUCUUUGGGUUUUCGUUCCGGGACUUCUUCCCAAUACUACAACAGCACAGAGAAAGAAUGGAAAAUGAAGGUGGAGGACCCCUCAAUAAAUACGAGUAUCUCCCACGAGUCAAUCAAGACGAGCCAAGAGAGCUCGAUGGAAAUGAUGCCUUGGUCAUAAAAAGGACAACUCUCACUUUGCAAGGCCGUCGAUUGAUUACUACCAGAAAUGGCUACCUUGGAACAGCACCUGAAGCAGCUCUGAGAGGAGAUGUCCUGGCCAUUAUAUAUGGAUGCAGUUAUCCUGUUGUCUUGAGGCCCUCUGGUGAUUCGUAUCUACUGAUAGGAGAGUCUUAUAUUGAUGGUGUGAUGGAUGGAGAGCUUGUUGAAGCCAGAGAGAGCGGGAUGUUUGAGGAGGUCGAGUUCAGAAUCUGUUAGAUAUUAACUUCAAUCGCACAUCGUGGUGUAUAUCACUAUAUAUGACACACGGCCUGUGUAGGGGGUGCGGUAUCUGAAUCAGAAAAGGAUUGGAGUCGUCAUAGUGGGGUAGUUCUAAGCGAAGGUCAACAAGGCUCGCAGCCUAGCUAUGCGAUGGCUUGUCUGUGAGGCUUUUAGGAUAACUCCAGUCCACGAUGCUGUAUAUCCGUCCUCCGUGAUGGCCUGGUGCGUACUUAAAUUACCAUUUAUGGAUGCUGUACUGUCAAGGUUCUUAGUCCCCAUUUAUUCUCCCGCGACACGGUUGUUCCACUGGACAGCUGGGUUGCCGCUGAAGCAACAUUCGCCAAAUCUGAGUCCCUGGAAUCAGCAUAGCAAGACACAAACUAGAAAUUGCAACAAUCCUGAGACAUUACUGAUUCCAUGUUGAUUUUGGGUUGGGG